CUUGCAAUGCCAAAAGUGUGCGCGUCGACGCUCAUUUAGUUCACUUCUCCAAAAGUUGUUACCUUUCUCGGCCGCGAUGUUAUACUCUGGACAUUCGUGCUCUCUCAAAAGCUCCAGUCUUUAUGCACUUUUUAUUUUAAGCUCUGCCGCCCUUUUCUACUACUUCUGGGCUAGCAUCGGCGCAGGUGCGCACUCGCUCUUCUCGCCGUCCUCGCCACACGCAGACAUCAUACCAAAGAUCCUCUGGUACAAGCUGGGUCCGAAUGGCCUAACCACCGAUGCAAAGACUUGGACAGAUAGCUGUAUCAACAGUAACCCAGACCAUCAAGCGAAAUUCAUAACGGAUCGGGAAGCGGACGAAUACGUAGAGAGAGCGUUUGCAGCGCGCCCCGAUAUCGUCGAAACUUAUCUUGGUCUUACGGUCCCCAUUUUGAAAGCUGACCUGCUCCGCUAUCUACUGUUGUUUGAUCAGGGUGGCAUUUGGUCUGAUCUCGACGUCUCUUGUGAGAAUGUGGGGAUCGAUGAAUGGAUCCCGUCGCAGUUCAAAGCCAAUGCCGAAAUCGUGGUAGGGUGGGAAUUCGACUGGGGCUGGAAACACCCUAUCCUUCGCCAAUUCGCAAGUUGGACUAUCAUGGCGAAACCAGGAUCUCCCCAUAUGUUACAGGUUGUCGAUGACGUUCUGGACGCAAUCCAAGAGACGAUGCGUAAACACAACGUGUCGUACGAAAAUAUUACGUUGGACAUGACGGGAGACGUUGUAGACUUUUCUGGUCCAAGACGCCUGACUAGGGGAAUUUUCAAGAGUCUCGAACGAACGCUGAACAGAACCGUGGAACAAGCCGAGGUAGCAGAGAUUCUACAGCCAACAGUAUUGGAAAAUGUGCUGGUCCUGCCAGGUCAUUCCUUUGGAGCAUCGUCGAACUUCUAUACGCCGGAAGAGAUGGAACAGCUGCCUUCAGCUCUGGUCACUCAUCACUAUGCUGGUUCUUGGAAGAACGCACACGGUGGAGAGGCUCGCUGAAAGAACAGGACCAAUACGAACAUCUACGAC